AUGAGCGCUGAAAAGCUCAAAACUCUCAAACAUUCUCGCGGUUUAAUUAAAGCAAGCCUUACGCGUUUAUUAAAGUUCUUUGAUCAAAAUCCUGACGCUGAUGCAUUCGAGUGUGAGAACCGUCAAAUAAAAUUAGAAGAGAUUUUCCAAAAUUUUGAUAAGAUUCAGUUUGAAAUCGAGCUCGCGUUUGUAGCUGAAAAGGCUGAUGAUGAUGAUCAGCCUGCUAUUCAAGAUGAUGAAAGAACGGAAUUCGAAACAAAUUAUUACAGUUGCGCUAAAGUGAUAAGAAAGAGACUGCAUGAUAUCGGGGCUGGUUCCGCGUCGGUUAAUUCUAAUUCAGUGCGAGCACCUAGCGUCGCGAGAUCAGAUGCUUCUACCCCUCAAAAUAUCACUUAUUACGUUAAUCACGGCUUAGAAAAAUUAGAAGUUCGCCCUUACGAUGGUGACCCGCGGGAAUGGCAAAGCUUUCGCGACUCUUUUAUAAAUUUAGUGCACAAUAAUGAAUCAAUGCCAGCAACUGAAAAGUAUUAUAGGCUGAAACAAGCCCUUCGUGGGGACCUGAUUGAUAUCCUUCAUGGUCUAGAUGCUUCUGAAGAAAAUUAUAAGGUUGCGUGGGAUUUAAUUACUGAACGGUGCCACAAACCGCGUAAAAUCAUACAAACUCAUUUGAAAAAAUUGCUUAAUUUGCCGGCAAUGAAUAAAAGUUCGGCACAAAAAAUUCGUUCGCUUAAAGAAAAAUCGCUAAUGCAUGUCAAUGCUCUAAAGGCCUUGAAAGAGCCUGUAGAUUCUUGGGAUUCAAUUUUAGUAUACCUUGUUAGCAGCAAACUUGAUCGAUUCACGCGUAAAUCAUGGGAAGAAACUUUGAAAGAUAGUGUAAAGCCUAAAUUCACUGAACUCGUUGCCUUUUUAAAGAAAAAAGAGCGCGGAGACGAUGACUAUGAUUCUUCCGAAAAGCAGUCGAUUCCUGCUGAAAAUACUAACAAAAAAGGUAGAAACGUGCCACAAGCGUUAGUUGGCACACAAAAAGCUGAUUUUUGUAAUUUUUGCAAACAAGAACACAAAAUUUAUGCGUGUCCUCAAUUAUUAGAGCUCAAUCCGCGUGAGAGAGCAAAUGCCUUGCGCGGGAAAAAAUUAUGCUUAAAUUGUUUCCGUGACAAUCAUUCAACAAAACAUUGCAGGGCUUCAGGUUGUAGGACUUGCUCGAAGAAGCACAAUACAUUAAUACACUUUACUCAAUUCAAUGAAAAUCAAUCAGAGCCUAUUCAAACAGCUCAAAAUACCGAUAUGAAGCCUCAAGUAGGUCUCACGGUUACUCACGAUUCUGAAAUUUUAUUAGGAACUGCUAAAGUAAACAUUCUUGAUAAAGACAAAAAGCCCUAUCCUUGCAGAAUAUUGCUUGAUGGAGGCUCUCAAUCAAAUUUUAUUUCUGAAAAGUUAACUUCAAAACUCAAGCUCGAUCAAGAAAAAAUUGAUCUGCCUUUCGGCGGUUUGGGUCAGAUCGUUACUCGCGCUAAUUAUAGAGUCAAGACAAAGAUUCAGUCUCGAAUCAAUGCAUUUGAGCAUGAAUUAGAUUUGGUAGCACUACCGACGAUUACUACUUUUUUGCCUUCUCGGUUUGUAGACAAAAGCUCUCUAAAAAUUCCGUCGGGUAUUACUCUCGCGGAUCCGGAAUUCAAUAAAUCAGCUGAAAUCGAUAUAUUACUUGGCUCUACAUUAUUUUACAAACUUUUGAGUACCGGUCAAAUUGUCAUACAAGAGCAUCCUGACGUUACCUUACAAAAAACUUUAUUGGGUUGGAUAAUAGCGGGCGAAGUCGCGGUGAAACAAUCUGUACAGAGACCGAAAUUAUGCCACUUAGUGACUCUUGAUGAAAAAUUAACUCGUUAUUUCGAAAUGGACACAAUUCCAUCGAAAAAACAUUUAUCUCUUGAUGAACAAAAAUGUGAGAAAUUCUAUUCAGACACCACUACUCGUAAUUCCGACGGAGAAUACGAAGUGCGUCUAUUUUUUAACGAGAAUAAAGCAAAAUUAGGCGAUUCUUAUAAUCGUGCACUCAGUCGAGCUUACGGACAAGAGCGUAAACUAUCAAAAAAUCCCGGUUUGAAACAGGCUUAUACGGGAGAAUUAAUCAAAUACCGUGAUCUUGGACACUUAGAAGAAAUUACAGAUACAAAUAAAUGCGAUGAAGGAUAUUUUAUUCCUCAUCUUGAUGUAAUUAAAAAUAAUCAGCUAGAUCGAAUCGUAUAUGACGCGUCGUCAAAAACUUCAACAAACAUUUCACUCAAUGAUGCCUUAGUAGUUGGUCCGACUAUACAAGACGAUUUAAUGUCUUUAGUCAUGCGAUUUAGAACGCACACGGUUGUGCUUGCAGGCGAUAUUCAAAAAAUGUUUCGAUGCAUUAAAAUCCACAAAGAUGAUUUGAUUUUUCAAAAAAUUUUAUGGCGAAAUGAUUUUUCAGAAUUGAUGCGCGUUUUUGCCUUGACUACAGUAACUCAAGGCACUGCGAGUGCUCCUUAUUUAGCUGCUAGGACACUUCAUCAAUUAGCAAUUGAUGAAGGGGGCAGGUACCCGCAAGCUGCAGAGGUUUUAAAAAACGAUUUUUAUAUGGAUGAUUUAUUGACAGGUACGGAUACACUCGAAGCAGCCUUAGAGCUCAAACAACAAUUGACAGAUUUAUUAAAACUUGCAGGAUUUAAACUCCAUAAAUGGGCAUCGAAUGAGCCAAGCUUAGCAAGUCAAUCGGGUGUAAAAAGCGAUAACGAUACUUUAUUAGACGAUCAGCUUAAAAAAUUAUUGGGUAUUCGUUGGAACCCAAAAACUGACUCGAUUAAAUAUUUAAUCAAACCAUCUCUAGUUGAAAAUAGCAUAACUAAACGUGCUAUUUUAUCAGAAAUUGCAGAGUUAUUUGACCCACUAGGCAUUUUAGGCCCAGUCAAUGUAGUUGCAAAAUUAAUUAUGCAAGAAUUAUGGAAACUUAAAUUGGGAUGGGAUGAAACAAUUCCCCAAGACUUAGGCACCAUGUGGAUUAAUUUUAAAGAUGAAUUAAAAUUUGUUGAACACUUCACUCUUCCUAGAAAAAUAGUCUUGUCAAAUGCAGUAAAUUUGCAACUACAUGGCUUUGCCGAUGCCAGUCAACGAGCUUACGGUGCUUCGGUUUACUUGAGGUCGGUAGAUAAAGAUAAUAACUGCUCUGUUCAAUUAAUAUGUGCUAAAUCUCGGAUCGCGCCGAUUAAAACUACCACUAUUCCAAGGCUAGAGUUGUGUGCUGCUCUACUACUUUCUGAGUUAAUUCAAAAAGUAAUAGAGGCACUAAAAUUGAAAUAUGAUAAUGUUUAUUUGUGGUUUGAUUCUACCAUAACUUUACAUUGGCUUAAAACGUCACCGAAUUCACUUAAAACAUUUGUUGCAAAUCGAGUAGUUGAAAUUCAAACGCUGACCGAAAGUUUUACUUGGCAACAUAUUGCCACGGAAGAAAAUCCCGCGGAUUUCAUUUCUCGCGGUCAGACUGCUUCCGAAUUCAUCAAAAAUAAGCUUUGGCUCCAUGGCCCCUCUUGGCUUUUAGAAAAUGAGCAAAAUUGGAAAACCUUGAAACUGUCUAAAGUUGAAAUUCCAGAGCAAAGAGUCAAUGUGGGUUUAGCCGCUACUAUAGUUAAUUCAAAACAAUUAAAAAAUGACACUCUGGAACGUUUUUCAUCAUUAGAUAGCUUAAUUCGUUUUGUUUCACUAUGCCAUCGGGCAGUUGUCAAUCGGAAAUUGACUACAAAAAUUACUGGUAAUUUUACUACUGAUGAAUUACAAAAUGCACACACUCAUCUUAUUAAAAUUAUCCAACUUAGCCAUUAUCCACGAGAGAUAAAAAAUUUGCAAGAAGGUGUAGAUAUUAAUCCGAAAAGCACAAUUUACAAUUUGAGUACGUUUUUAGAUGACCACGGAAUUAUUCGUGUAGAGGAAAAACAGUAG